AGAGAAGAAGGAGCCACGUCUAAAGUAAAUCUAUCCUCAAUUAGCUUUUUAUCUGAUAGGAAUCUACCCCUGAAUUAUUGGAUGCCCCACCUUAUUCACGUUAUGAAAAGUUAAACCUACCGACAUUAUUGUCCAUCAUAUCUUCCUGCAUUGCACUUGUAUUGUAUCGAAGAAGAGAGAAACUAAAAACUCUGAUUAGCUGAGUUGCAGGGAAUUGAAGGAAUGGCGGCUGACGCUGUGCUCACUUUUGCUGCGGAGGGAAUACUGAACAAGGUGCUUUCACUCGCUGCUCAUGAAUUCGGUCUCGCGUGGGGUUUCAAAGCUGAACUCAGAAAGCUUCAAAAGUCCUUCGCCAGCAUUGAACGUUUCUUAGUUGAUGUUGCCGACCAACCACAAGGUCGGAGUAAGUCAAUAGAGGAAUGGGUGAAGAACCUCAAAGACGUUGCUCAGGAUGCUGAGGAUGUCUUGGACGAAUUCCAGUACGAAGUUGAUCGGCGUAAAGUCGAAAUCCAAAACCAUAUCAAGAAAAAGGUUCUUAACUUCUUUUCACUCUCCAAUCCACUUGCAUUUCGUCUUCAAAUGGCGCAUAAAAUUCAGAAGAUCAACGCAUCCUUGCUGGAUCUCGAGAGGAAAGCAUCUCCUCUUGGACUAGUUUCCAAGAAUAAAGAUGCAACCCCUCGAGGAAAUAGAUGGGACAGACAAACCGACGCAUUCAUUGGCAGAGAUGAAAUAACUGUUGGAAGGGAAGGUGUUGUGUCAAAAAUAGUUACAACCCUGACCGACUCCAAAUACAAUCAAGAAAAUCUUUCUGUUAUGGCCAUCGUGGGAAUGGGAGGCCUCGGCAAGACAACGUUGGCCAAGUCAAUUUACAAUGAGGAUUCUGUACACAAGUUUUUCCAAACGAGAAUAUGGGUUUGUGUAUCGGACCCUUUUGAUGUCAAUUUAAUUCUACUUCAGAUGUUAGAGCAGCUUAAACCCGCAAACGCCCCGUCUUCGAAAGAUAACCGGAAUGCUCUGCUUAAGUUCCUCAAUGAAGAGUUGAAAGAUAAAAGAUACUUACUCGUACUUGAUGAUGUUUGGAAUGAAGAUCCCAUAAAAUGGGAGAAUUUGAUGGAGUGUUUGUUUAAGCUUCGUUCUGCCGGGGGGUCCAAGAUUAUUGUCACUACUCGUAGUGGCAAAGUCGCAUCGAUCCCCGAAAAGCUACUUCAACGACAUGAAUUGGGAAAGCUUUCUGUGGAUGAAUGCUGGUCCAUCAUGAAAAAUAGAGCGUUCCCCAACAAAGCUGAUAUACCUACGGAGUUCCGUACAGUUGGAUUGAAGAUUGCCAAAAAUUGUGGUGGCGUUCCAUUGGUAGCAAAGGUUUUGGGAGGCAUUUUGUGCAAUAAAAAAAAUAUUGAAGACUGGUUGUCGUUUGAAAAAAGUAGAAUAUGGGAAAACCUAUCAAAAGAAGAAGAUAGAAUUAUGCCAGUCUUGAAGUUGAGUUUUGACAAUUUAGAAUUGCCAUCACUGAAGCAAUGUUUUGCAUAUUGCUCAAUGUUCAAGAAAGAUUUUGAAAUUCAAAGAGAUAACUUGAUUCAACUUUGGAUGGCUCAAGGAUUACUCCACCCUUCCCCUGGUGAAAAUAAAGAUAAGGAGGACAUAGGCAAUGAAUAUUUUGAUAUUCUAUUGCAAAGUUCCUUAUUUCAAGAUGCUACAAUGAGUGACAACGGCACUGUUAGCAUAUGCCAGAUGCACGAUCUUGUGCACGACCUUGCAGAACAUGUAUCUAAAUCAGAAAGCUUGACGGGAGACUUAUGUGGCAUAGAUAAUACAAAUGAGAUUCGACAUGUUGCUCGGGUUUCUACUUCUAUGCUAGAUAAAAUUCUAGAAAGAAGUGCUAAGAAAUUGCGGUCAGUGUUUUUCGACGAUGGUGAAGUUCCUAGUAACAUUCUUCCACGAUUCAAAGCUUUACGUGUCUUAAAUUUAAGUAAUGCUAAGAUUGAAGAAUUUCCAGUUUCAGUUGGAAGGUUGAAACACUUGAGGUAUCUUAACAUUUCUAAAACAAGAUUCAAAGAACUCCCCAAAUCUGUAGGCAAGCUCUAUAACCUACAGACUUUAAGAGCAACAAAUUGUGCCCUUGAGGAGUUUCCAAAAGAGCUGCAAAACUUGAUCAACCUAAGGCAUAUUUAUUUUGAUAUGAGUACAAAAUUCCCCCAGGGGAUAAGUCGGCUAACAUGCCUUCGAACAUUACCUUACUUUUCGGUGGGUAAUGAGACUGGUCGUCAAAUUGAAGAGUUGGCUGACCUGAAACAUUUGAGAGGUAAAUUAAUUGUUUGUAAUUUGGAGCACGUAAAGAAUGGAGAAGAAGCAAAGAAAGCUAAGUUGGAGGAUAAGACGAAAAUAUGCCAUUUAAGCUUCAAAUGGAUAGAAGAUUGGUCAAUAACCAACAACAAUGAACAGGGGGAUAUACUGGAAGGCCUCCGACCGCAUCCUGGGUUGGAGAGCUUACGUAUUGAAAACUUCAUGGGUGAUGAGUUUCCAUCGUGGAUGAUGAGUGGGUCAUUAUUACUCAACAACUUGAAGAAGAUUAAGUUACUUGGAUGCGACAAAUGUGAAGUAGUCCCACCGCUUGGUCAUCUACCUAAACUUACAGUGCUUGAGAUUAGCGGAAUGACUAACUUGAAAUGUAUUGGAGUUGAGUUCUACGGUUAUGAUCUUGUCCACAAUGUAGCCACGACAAGUAAGGAGAUAAUUACUUUAUUUCCUGCACUAAAAGAAUUAAAUAUUUCUAACUGCAACGAUCUAAUUGAAUGGAUGGAAUUUGAAGCACCAAUGAUGUCAACACAAAAAAUUGUGGUUUUUCCUUGCCUAGAGAAGUUGAUGAUAGAUGGAUGCGAUGAUUUAACUUGUAUUGCCCUUGGAUCUUGCGGCUCUCUUAAGAGUUUGUAUAUUAAACGGUGUAAAAAGUUGAGGCAUUUGGGGGAUGGGCUAGACGCACUCCCUCUCCUUGAGAACCUGAAUAUAGGAAGAUGCCAUAGUCUAGAGUUGAUUCCAAUUACACAGGGCAUGACAUCUCUACGGAAAUUAAAGAUUGCUAAUUGUGAAGGAUUGUCAAGCCUACCGAGUGGGUUAGAGUACUGCACCUCUCUCCAGAACUUGUCUAUAAGCGAAUGCGGUGGUGUAACAUCGUUUCCAUUUUACACCCUUGCACGUCUUCCCCAUUUGUAUAUUCGGGAUUGUAAUGGACUAUCAGGCCCACUGAGUGUAUGGGCCUCUCUCGUGGAAUUGAUUAUAGUUGAGGGUAAUAAUCUGACAUCAAUUGAAAUUAAAGGCGGCAUGUCCUCUCUUCAGCGUUUGAGAAUUAUUAAUUGCAAAGAAUUAUCAUGCUUUCCUGCUCUUCCACAACAAUGUCCUUCUCUUCAGGAAUUGUAUAUAAGAGAUUGCCCAAAGGUAGCAUGGUUUGGUGUCCAAAGUAGCAGCAUUAGUCUACAAUCUUUUUCAGAUUUGGGCACCUUCACCUCCCUUCGAGAACUGACGAUUGAAGAAUGUGAAGGAUUGGAAAGUGGGGUGAGCGGGCUGCAAUUUCCACUCUCUCUUGAGACGCUGGUAUUAAAUGGUUUCCCUAAUUUAGAGAUUCUUCCAAGUUUAGACAACCUCAAUUCUCUCCGUGAAUUGGGGAUUGUAAAUUGGAAAAAGCUAAAAUAUCUGCCGAUGGGGUUACAACGGCUCCCGCGGUUGGAGGAUUUGAGCAUCGGUGGGUUCUCGGAGGAGCUCGAUUCCUUCCCUGAUUUUCAAGUUGGAUCAUUAAUGCAACUGACAAGGUUAUCCUUGACGGGUUGGCCUAAGCUCAAGUCUCUGCCUCAACAAAUUCAACACCUCACUUCUCUAACAUCAUUCUGUGUACGUAACUUUGACGGAGUGGAGACUUUGCCAGAAUGGUUGGGUAGCCUUACAUCCCUUACUUAUCUGUAUAUUCUAGGGUGCACGAAUCUGACCAACUUACCUAGUGUCCAAGCUAUGCAACGCCUCACCAAAUUACAAAGCCUGUCGAUUUAUGCAUGUCAUCCCCUUCUAAAGCAAAGUUGCAGCAGGGAUAGCGGCACAGACUGUCCCAAGAUUUCUCAUAUUCCACAAAUCAUAUUCUGGCAGUAGUUGGAUGGAAGGUAGGCAGCACCUUCCCAAACUACAGCAAAUGUGUAUUGGAAAACCAAAUUUCACGGUGUGCAAGGCCACAAGAUGACAGACUCUAGUUGGAUGGAAGGUAGGCAGCACCUUACCAAACUACAGUAACUCUCUCUCUUCAGUUACUCUCUAAAAGACUCAUGCUCAUUUUGAAAUGUAAUUAUAGUAAAAACCUGAGAAACUGCUAAACAUGGACGUAGCCCAGCUUGCAUGUAUGGAAGGUUCGUACAAUGUCCUAUGGACUUAGUACUGUCUUUAAUGAAUGAAAGAAAUUCUGGAUGCUUGAUUGAGGACAAGAGUCUGUAAAAUCAGCAGUAUACAAGGUCCAUAUUGGGUACUUUGGGUCACUCUUUAUUAUGGUGUUGCUCACCAUUGUCUCAACACCUUAGUAAUUUACUGAGAGUUCUUUGGGCUGGGAAGAUAUGAAGGAAGUAGUCUCUGUUAUUUUAAGCAGAAAAUUCAAGCUGCCAACAAGAAGUUACUCCUACAAACAUGUGCAUUCCCUACCCCAACUGUCUAGGAUAAAAUGUAACAUCUUUCCUUUUUCUACAGCCGUGGCGGAGGACAUCGGCAUGGGCCUUGCAGCGGCCGAAGUUGCUGGAAUGAAGUGUAUCGUAACCAAAAGGCAAUCAAAUGAGAAACAUGUUCACUUCAUCUCUUAAAACUCCAAUUUCAUGUACACAGCUGAAGAAGACUUUCAAAAUGCAUAUGAAAACUUUGACUUCUUUGGAGAUUCGCCGGAGGAGCGAUUUCACUUGGGAACCUGCAGAAGCCUUUUGUCAAACAGUAGCAGUUUAUGAAUUAAAUUCAUUCAAAGCCGGUCCUCCAUCUACAAAAUGUUGGUGAAGGGUUACAAAAUGUUGGUGAGGAGUCUCAUGAUCAUGAAAUUAUUGAAGACGAUUUCUUGAAGGUUGAAAUUUCAUGGAGUUUUGCUUAAAGUGGUUGUAUAUGAUUUUACAUUUGAUUGUCGGGGUUUACAGACUUUGCCCCACCCAUUGUAUGUUUUCUCAAGUAAUAUAAUUUGGGCGUGAGGGCCUAGCCCCCCAGCUUCGACUGGGUUCCAACCCUCUUUAAAUAUAUAUUUUUUUAAA